AUGCGAUUCGGUGGUGGUGGGCGUCGAAGGAGGGCUUCUGGCAGCAGCGACGACGACGACGACGCAGCAUCCGACGGAUCCGCUUCGUAUCGCCAGCACAAGGAGAAGGAGGAGUGGAAGUGGGCGCAGGCGUUGGCCAGGUAUUCGCAAAUUUACAAUAUCCGGGACGUUUUGCAACUAGGACACUUCACACCAUUCAUUUUGGUCCCAAACUCCUCAACUACCCUCGUUCUUUCCUUUGUUGGCAAAAAAAAAAGAGUUUUUGCGCUCAAUUUUAUCCCAUAAAAGCCGCGAUUGGCGCACACUUAUCACUGUCCUGCUACCACAGGUUUCCCUUGGGCUGCAUAGCGCAGUGGUAGCUCUUUUGCCUGUCACCCACAAAGUCGCAAGUUCGAUUCCCCGGCUGGUCAGAACACUUUUGCUAUUUCGCAACCACACCAUUUAUUUAGUCCCAAACUCCAAACUCCUUUCAAAGAAUUCGGUCGAUCCUCACUGCCACGUCAUAAAAAGCGCUCAAUCCUGAAAAUUGUCGUUUUUGUGGUUCGAUGAUACUUUGUCAAACCCACACGACACUUUGUUGGUUGCGAAAUGGCUCAUGUCUCAAACGUGGCAUCAAGGCAUCACUGAAAACCGCGUGUUGGUGUUUCAACACCUAGCUAGAUUUUCGCGUCUGGCGGGUGAGGUGAGCCAUGCAAAAAGGUGCUCGCGGAGUAAGAGUUCACCACGUCAUCUCAUCCUCUCGCACUUUUCUCAUACACACUCCCCUCACCGCGUCUCCUUUUCAAUUUCGCUCAUUUAUGGAGCCUCGUGCCGGCUCAGACUCAUCUCUCCUCAUUUCCAUCCCAUCGCCCGAUCCAUUUCUAUCUAUUAGUCUGCUCACCGAGCUGAGCUCUCCCCCCACUGGCUCCGCCCCUUUUGCUCCGACUUCAUCUCGUGUCAUUCCACUUUUCGCUACACUUAUUAUUAUAAUCUCACUCUCUCUCCAUCUCUCACUUUUUCAUUUUCGAUCUUUAGUGAGAGAUUAGCAUUCUAUUCGUAUUAUUGUCAGGACGGACACGAAAAUAAGUGUGUGAGCGUGUAGCGAAAUGGCAGCGAAAUGAUCGACAGUUUGAUCAGGUAACGCAGGAAAAGUUGAAGAGUUGAAAGAGUUGAACGAGACAAAAUUUCGAGUCGAUUAGUGUUGAUUUUGCGCCAAACGUCACCAAGUACACAGAAAUGAGCGUCUAGACGUGCUGAGCCGACGAAUUGUCCUCAUCGGAGCUUGAGCGUGCAAAUUUGACGCAUUUUGAGCGCAAAAAAACAAGUAUUAUCGUCUCAUCCCUUCCCCCUAGCUACAGUAACCCUGGGCUGUCGUGAGGUGUGAUGUUUGGUAGGGUAGGGCCAACAGCACUCACGUCUUCUUUUUUAAAUCUGGCUAAUCUGAUAUCAUUGCACACAUUUCCGCGGAUGAGAGCGCAAACUUUGAGCGAAUAGGAUUACUGUAGUUUUGUGUCGUCAAAUCUAAUGCACAAGCUACUUUGUUUCAGACGUCUGGAACAAGUGUUGAAUGUGCAUCCGGAAAAGUAUCAGAAUGGGUGCAACAGCCAACGGGUCAGCCGUCAAUCUUCGCCCGAUCAACUGGCUCCGAUACGCAGCCAAAGUGCGGAUUACGGGUGAGUAUGUGAGGCUACAGUAACCCUGUAGGAUCGAUUUGUGUAACUGCUACCGUAAUCCUUCCCAUAACUCACAUUCAGUUUAGUCAGAUUCAUGAAUAAUGCAAAGAAAGAUCAGUGACCAACUCAUUACCCAUUCCCGCCAAACCCGACUCCCAAUAUAUUUUUCUGAUAACAUUUCUGUAAACUGAACUUGAGACGAGUUCAAGGCAAGUCGAAGGGCUACAGUACCCCAGAGAAUGGUCGUAGAAAAAGGUGAUCAACUACAAAAUCAAGUACUAGGUGUCAACGAUGUGCUCAACAAUUUUUGGAGCUCAAGCACCACUACCGGCUCUACAGUACCCCCCGCAAAGUUGUACAACUCCAGCUUUUGGAGAGGCCCGAAAAAUCUAGAUUUUCCCGCUCAAAAGUGGACCCCCAUUAGUCAUUCCAACUAUUGUUCUUCUCCCUGUUUCUCUGUUUUCUGUGUGUGACAGCCAAUUAAAGUGUGAGCCUUCUCUGGAAGAGUUCUUUGCCUUUUUUGCCCUCAGCUCAUGCUUUUUCGUAUGCUCGCCUCAUUUUCCACUAUUUCCAUUGGAAAAAACUGAACAAAACCUCAUUAUUUCUGUGCAGAAUUGCAAAUUUUAGACGGCGAAGAAUUGGAGAAGGGGAGGAGGAUGUCAAAAAAGAGAAAUUUGGUAUUCCUAUUCCUAUUCCUAGUCCCCAGUCCCCCCGUUUACCAAUUUUUUGAUGGAGAAAAAAGUAAAAGUGCGGAAGUGGAAGCGGAAAUCCGAGAGAAUCUACAUCAAACAACUCUUUUUUGUCUUUAUGUGCAAACUUUCUCGUUUUAAAGCACUUUUGAAGCGAUUCUGAAGCUUGCAACGCGUUUGAUGCCUUUCUAAAAGACAAUGUUUAGUUAAAGACCUGUAACUUGAGAACUAGGCAUUUUCGGAUAAAAUUGUCAACUACAAAGUUGUUGAGCAUAAAAUUUGCAACAACUUUUCUGUUUACAAUGUUUUGUGAUAAUUAUUUGUUCUUGAGAUAUACGCUUUAGAAGUUGACUAUUGCAAAAUUUGAGUUUUCACUUACCGAGCGACUUACUUUUUAGAAAUCGGCUCAUAACUUGAGAAUUAGAAACUUCCAGUUAAAACGGUCAACUACAAAGUUGUUGAGCAUAAAAUUUGCAACAACUUUUCAGUUGACAAGUUUUAGAAAUGAACAAUAGUUAUUGAGAUAUAGGUCAUCAAAGAAAAGGCAAUUUUUUGAAGCUCCAGAAUCUUCUAAAACUUCCGUUUCCCCUUCUAUUUUUUCUCCAGAUUCUCUUAUGGUUCCCCUAUAAUUCGAAAGCUGAAAAGGAAGAGAAAAUGUGGCGAUUCAAUCGAAUCAGAAGGUAAUCUCUACGAAUCUCUCGAUGCUCAUCUAGAAAAGGAGAGCAAAAAAGAAGGGAGAAGCCAUAAAUUGUAGUGGAAAUUAAUGAGAUUCUUGUCGGCUCUCCCCUGGGGACAAUUUUGGAGUGUUUAUUGCAAAAAUGGGAUUAUACAAUCGAGGAAUAUGAGGAAAAAACUAGUCUCACACCUUUUUUGGUGCUUUGACGCAAAUUUUGUUCUCCGAUCUCGUGACGUGAUGACGUAACCAUGGAGAAUGUGAGGAACCCUCCCAAAUGUGUCAUUUUUCGAUUUCCCGCCCAAAAACUUUGUUCUAGAAAGGAUUUAGAAAGAGUUUUUCGAUUUGCGCUCAAUUUUAUCCCUAAAAGCCGCGAUUGGCGCGCACUUAUCACCGCCCUGCUACCACCAAUUCUUGUAGGGCUGCAUGGCGCAGUGGUAGCUUUUUUGCCUCUCACUCGCCAAUCCAAAAGGCCACAAGUUCGAUUCCCCGGCUGGUCAAAACACUUUUGCCCCGGUCAGAUCACCUCAUUUUCAAGUGGAACAUUGAGAAAUGCCCCCAGCUCAUUCAUCAUUUGGGACGAGAAGAGAUUAGGGGGAAAGAGUUUGGAUAUUAUGAAAAGAGUGCGACUAUUACGAAAUGAGAGGGGUGGGAGGGGGGUCCGACGAGGAAAUUCUGAAGGAAGCGGGGGUGUCACCUGUUCGCGACUCUUUCUUCCUCUCUCUCUCUCUCUCUAUCUUCCUCCUGGAUCCUCUUACAUCAAUUCUCGGGUCAUGAACAUUUACUCUUCCUCUUCUUCUUCUUCUUCUUCUUCUUCUUCCUCUCUUUGAGCCGACAAUCAUAUUUUUGACGAUUCUCGUGAUAAAUGCUCAUAGUUUGUGACUCAUUGCCUUCGAAUUCGGCUUUUUUCUGGUUAUUUUGGCCCAAUUUCUACGAAUUUUGCCGACUUUUACCACUGAAUUCGUUUUUCCCUGUCCAACCCACUUUUUUCCGAUUUUUUUGACCCCUAGCCCAACUUUUUUCGCUCUCUUCUCACAACAAUCUGUGCGAGAGAGAGAGAGAGAGAGAGAGAAAGAAGAAGUAAAAAAGCCAAAGUGAAAGGACGAGGUGGGGAGGUUUUUAAUGUCGCUCCAGAUGUCCCUCACACGCCCAUUUUUUAUGACUUUGAAGUUAACGCGAAGAGGAAAGAAAAUAUGUGGUGGAGGACGUUUUGAAGGGUUUCGUGUGUUGUUUUUACAACCUUUUCCCCCUUUUUCCAAAUUUUUGCGUAUUUGCAGAAGAGCCGCCGCCGAAAUGGCCGGGAACGAGGAGGCGAAAGGAAUGCUACUUCGAAACGGCGGCGAUGACAUCCGAGCUCAUCCGAGCCCCCAACGCGGUACGCCGGACAGUUCGAGCACGUAAGUCGGCAUGGCCUAGAAAAUUCUAGGCCACCAACCCGCUCCUCUUCCGUUUGCAGCCAACCGCAAACGCAUUCGGAGGCGAUCGUCACGAUCAACGUGUCCGGACUUCGGUUUCAGACGUUCGAGAGCACGCUGGCCAGGUAUACUGUACUUGCCUCGGAUAUUGUAAACUUGAAGAGUUGUAUUAUAGGUAUCCGAAUUCGUUGCUCGGCGAUCCAUCGAAACGACAACACUUUUUCGUGCCCGACACCAACGAAUACUUUUUCGAUCGGCAUCGAACGACGUGAGCUCUUUUUUUGUUGCAAUAAUCCUACUGUAGCUUCAUUUUCCCCCUCUCGAACCCGUCUUCUCCUACAGUAACCCCCGUAGGAAUACUGUAGCUCCAGAAGCACACAAAAAACGCGUCCGAUUGUAGCUGUUCCUCGUACAACUUUGAAAUUCGGAACCAUCUGUAAGCCACGCCCACUGUCUUUUUUUUUUGGUAGCUUGUUUGGCUUUUCGUCCUCGUUUUUCCCUAUGUGAUCACCGGAAGACCAGCUUCUAAUCUGUCUCUGGCGACUUACAGUAACCCCGCGCGCGCGCAGAGUACUGUAGAUAUGAUAUUUUCAGAUUCGAAUCGAUAUUGUACAUUUACCAAAGUCAUGGCCGUGUGAAACGACCCGAGAUAGUGCCGAUCGACACGUUUUUGAGGGAAAUGCGCUUCUAUCAAGUGAGUUUUCGAGUUUUUUGUCUAAAACUUUUGAAAUUACGUUUUCAGAUGGGCGAUGAGCUUCUGGAAGAGUUCUGGAUAGCCGAAGGAUAUGAGAAACCGAAAGAAGUGCAAAUGCCGGCGAACAAAACGCAACGGAAAAUAUGGGAAUUGAUGGAGUACCCGGACAGUUCGCUUUCCGCCAGGAUUAUCGCUUUCAUCUCGAUUACCGUCAUUGCGUUGUGAGUUUUUCCGGUCCAAAAUUUCAAGAUGAACAACUUUGUAGUUGACAGUUUUUCACGAUUUUGUCUGCGCGCCGAGAUAUUGCCAUUUUUUCACACUCAUGUAAGAUGCUGCUUUUGGAAAACGAUAAUAUCUCAGUCCACAGACGGAUUCAUGAAAUAUUGUCAAUUACAAAGUUGUAGAGCUUGAAAUUGUCUAUCGAAUCGUUUUUAAAACGUCAAAAAAUGUUGAAAAUGCACAAAGAUACGGUAGCGCAAUCAAAGUUUAUCACUGCGAGACCGUUUUUGCAGAUCAAUAAUAUCGUUUUGCUGGGAAACGGUGCCUUCGGACCCCGAAAAAGCAGUCAACGCUUCCACCGGCGAGCUGAUCGAAGAGCUGGAGGAGAAGUCGUUCUCGCCCUUCUUCUGGAUCGAGCUGAUGUGUAUUCUUUGGUUUACCAUCGGUACGGACCUCAAAUAUUGUCCAUCAACACUUUUUUUUUCUUGCAGAAUUGAUCCUUCGGUUCAUCUCGUGUCCGUGCAAAGUCACCUUCGCCACUUCCGUCCUAAAUAUCAUCGAUUUCGUGGCGAUUGCUCCGUUCUUCGUCAACUUUUUCUUGUAACACCAAUUUCGGAUUGCCAAAAAACUAAUUCCGCUCAAAUUUCAGAGCCGACACGAACAAAUCCAACUCGUCAAUGUCGUUUGCGGUGCUCCGCGUGCUCCGACUGGUCCGCGUCUUUCGCGUCUUCAAAUUGAGCCGGUACUUUUUGCAGUUUUGAAUCGAAAAACACAAGCAAUAUUUCUUUGCACAGACACUCGGUGGGCCUUCAGAUUCUCGGAAAGACGUUCCGCUCGUCGGUCCAAGAAUUCUGUCUUUUGAUCUUUUUCAUGGCGAUCGCGUUGGUUUUGUUCGCCUCCGGAAUGUAUUUUGCCGAGCAGGGAGAGCCCAAUUCAAAGUUCACCUCGAUUCCCGCCAGCUUCUGGUUUGUGCUGGUAAGUGAAGAAAAAGGCGACGAGCCGUUUCGCAACCGGACAUUUGGCAACCGGCACAAAAUCAUCGAGAUUCAGUUGCAAAGUGUCCAGUUGCAAAAAGUUUGAGAAAUCAAAAAGUUUGAGAAGAGAAAUGCAAAUUUGCAGGUGACAAUGACAACAGUCGGGUAAGCAUAAUAUAUAUUAGUGUCGUUUUCGAGUGCGGUUCUCUUUGGGUCCGUCCCGUGUUGUUGUGAUUUCCUCGUUUUUCUCUCCACGCUUUCCCCUCCCCAAAACAGUCCGUUUUUGCAGGUACGGCGACCUGGUCCCGUUGAGUCCGUUCGGUAAAGUCGUCGGCGGAAUGUGCGCGCUCAUCGGUGUCCUCACUUUGGCCCUUCCCGUCCCCAUUAUUGUCAGUUUUUUUUUUUUUGGCUCAUGACUCCCAAUCUUUGUCGUUGUUGUCAAACCACGAACAAUUCGGAUAAUUUUGAAAGACGACCUUGGUUGAUAUCCGUGCUUUUUUUCUAUUCUACGAUUUCUGUGGAGUAUUGUGGCAUGAGAAAAAAGUAUCUUUUUUAGAAAAUUUUUUCAUGGAAUGUGAUCAACUGACGAAAUGUAGAGCAAAGUGAACUCUGCUCAUAGAAAAAUAAUUGUAAAUUUAGCGUUUCAUACAAAAAAGUUAUUCGAGUUGUUGCGUGAAAAAAGGCGGCUAACGGGGAAGACGGAAGGAAUAACUUUUUUGUAUGAAACGCUAAAUUCACAAUUAUUUUUCUAUGAGCACAGUUCACUUUGCUCUACAUUUCGUCAGUUGAUCACAUUGCAUGAAAAAAUUUUCUAAAAAAGAUAUAAAAAUUCUUCCGCUCAACUCUGCUGUAUUACUAGAAUAAUGCAUAACCAGCUCAAUUUGGGGUUUAUUGGGGCUCCGAAUGAGCAUUAUUUGGCGGACACUGCCACUUUUUUCGAGUGCCGCGGCAUCUUUUAUCCUAAAAAAGCGAAUUAUUUGCAGGUGGCCAAUUUCAAGCACUUCUACCGUCAGGAGAACCGUCUGGCCUCGAUGAAGAGCUCGUCGAAAGGCGGCGGCGGCGGAGGCGGCGACGAGGACGAGAUGCUCGCGUGA